AUGACUAUCAUCAUCUAUUAUUGCCAUCGUGAUUCGCAUGCUGUGCUGAUUUCGAUCAUCCUACUUCUUGUCACGCAACGUCCGCUUCCAAUUGCGAUGGCGCUGCACGGUGAUUGGCCAAUCCGACCUCACUUCGUCGAGCGCUCCCUUUCACGAUCCCUAUUGUUCCUAUUGUGCAACCCCACCCGCGUCUCUCGCAGCAAAAUAUACAGUUGUAACAACAUGUAAACUCAAUUCUCGUCACACGCCAAUGGGAACGGGAAGAAGCGCACCCCAUAAGCUCUCGCUCGUCCCAAACGACCCUUUCCACCUGCCAAUUCGACCGUGCGCAAAGGCGCAAAGAAUCUCAUAAUCCAUCUGGACCGUACCAUAGUUGCUUGUGAAUGCCGCAAUGAUGGUUUUUAUUGCCCAUCUGAGGGGCCUGGUGAUCCAAUGCUCAUUUCCUAAAUAGUGUCUGGGGGUGCAAUGGCAAUGACAUGGGCGAAAGCAACAGCCCAAUAGCAAGGCAAGCGACAUUGGUCCACGCAUCCUUUCAUUGAGUCCCAUUACAAUGCAAAC